AUUGAAAACUUCUUUUCAAAUUAUGACGAAUUUUGAAAUGUAUUGAACAGGAAAAUCAGAGACUUAAGGAGGGGUUUUCUACUCUAAUUAGUAGUACUAGAAAACAAGUUGAAAUGGUACUGACAAAUCCUUUUGAAUAAAUCUCUCUCUCUCUCUCUCUCUCUCCUUUUUAAAAAGCGGUGCUCCCUUCACAUCUCUCUCUCUUCCUUCUCCAAAUUUUCAUCGUACUCCGUGCCCCCACCGCCCCCCAAAAAAAGUUUUUUCCUCUUCAAAAAUGGGGGCAUACAGAGCGGAAGACGAUUACGAUUACUUGUUCAAAGUAGUAUUAAUCGGUGAUUCUGGUGUGGGUAAAUCAAACCUGCUUUCCAGAUUCAGUCGCAAUGAGUUCAGCCUUGAGUCUAAGUCCACCAUCGGAGUUGAAUUCGCUACAAGGAGUAUUCAUGUUGAGGAUAAAGUUGUUAAAGCUCAGAUUUGGGAUACUGCUGGUCAGGAACGAUAUCGAGCUAUCACUAGUGCUUACUAUCGAGGAGCUGUUGGUGCAUUGCUGGUUUAUGAUGUCACUCGUCAUGUGACUUUCGAGAAUGUAGAGAGAUGGUUGAAGGAGCUCAGAGAUCAUACUGACUCAAACAUUGUCAUAAUGCUUGUGGGAAAUAAGGCAGAUUUGCGUCACUUACGAGCUGUUUCCACCGAGGAUGCCAAGGCAUUUGCUGAGAAGGAGAGUACUUUCUUUAUGGAAACAUCUGCUCUGGAAUCCAUGAAUGUGGAGAACGCCUUCACGGAAGUGCUCACACAAAUAUACCGUGUCGUGAGCAAGAAAGCUCUUGAAGCGGGAGAUGACCCGGCAGCAUUGCCUCAGGGGCAGACCAUUAAUGUUGGAAACAAGGAUGAUGUUUCAGCAGUAAAGAAAGUUGGGUGCUGUUCCGCGUAAAACAAGCUCUAUUCCAACUUUUGAGCUUCAAAUUUUCUUGUAGCAGUGUUACUUCUCCUAUUGAAUAGACCAAAUGAAUCGUUAGCCGUGAGAGGCUGAGAGCUUUAGUUUUCUCGUGCUCAAGUAUGGAUUGGAGCUACCCCUCCCACACACCCAUCUUUCCUCGAGUUCCUCAACAUUCUUUAUCCUUGUCUCUAUGUUUGUCUUAGCUUAAGUGUAUGAUUGUAGUAUAGCUUCUUAUGGAUGUCUUGGAUAGGGUGUACUGUGAUGGCAACGAUUGAACCAAGACUGCUGCACUAGAUUUAUCAAACCAUUCAUAUGUUUUUUCCAA